UCCCUGCCAUCAUUUGCCCAUGCUGUUUUCAAUAAAUAUUGUAUGUGGUCUCUGGCUUUGGUGCUGAUCAUGUGAAUCGUCGGGUUGAGAGGAGGAAGGUAUCCUGAAUGAGCACAUCAGAUGAUGGAAUUUCCCCCAGAGACCACAACUGCUCGUCCACAACUGUCUCCCUCCGAAAUUAGAUAAGAGAGAAGCGCCAGGAGGUUACAGCCGGGAAGAUGUUCUGCGCCAAGCUGAAAGAGCUGAAGAUAUCCGGAGAGUGUCCGUUCUCUGCCAGCGCCAAAAAUAAUGAGCUCGGAGACUUUGAGGAGCGCUCAACUGAGACGGCGGAUUUAUUGCCUGUUUCCAAGGACGUGCACGGAAAAACAGGUGAGGGUGUACCUCGAAAGAAGACAAGCAGAGCCAAAGUUAACCUGCAUACACUUGGGGAUAGCAUCCGAAAACUGGCAUGUCCCGAGUUUCAAAGGCUGCACACUGCCCUCCAACGAAUGAUGACACUAUCAGAUCACAGCAGGGACUCUGAAAGUCUAGCAAUUUCCUGUUCACAUCACCAGAGCUGUAGCAGUGAACCAGAGCAUUUAUUAGAGAUGAUGAACAUUCAUUCUGUCAAAACAGGAAUCCCGAUAGAAGCUUUGAAAAUUGCUCUUGGUGAGGAGAUUUUUAAUAUGUGUUACGAAGAGGACAGCCACAUUUUGACGGUGGUGGGGGGAGCGCUCCACGACUUCCUCAACAGCUUCAAUGUCUUGUUGAAACAGAGCAGCAUGCUGCCCAACCCGGAUAGACGAGAUUGUGUAAACGAACCUUCGGUACUCUGCUUAGACAAAGAUCCGGGCCUGCUUACUGUCUAUUUCUUCAACCCUUGCACCACCACUGAGCUCUUUUUCCCAGGAGUCAUCAAAGCUGCUGCCCGCCUGUUGUACAACACCACUGUGGAUGUGGUGAUGGACCUCCAACAUGGCAGAGACACCAUCUUGCAAUCCAGUCCACAGCCCAGCCUCCUGUACACAGUUGUAGUUAAGGAUACAAAAAAUCUGAGCCCCAGUCCGUUGCGGGCUACCUCAGCUGGGACCCUUCCUACCUCUCUCUUUUCCACUAUCUUCCCUUUCCAUCUGAUACUUGACCAGGAUCUGGUUCUGGUGCAAGUAGGACACGGGCUCAGGAAAAGACUGAUCAGGAAGGAUGGACUCAGACGGUUUAGUACCUUCCAAGACCACUUCUCUAUUGUGUCCCCCCAGAUCAAAUGUACCUUUCAGGGUAUCCUCACUAUGCUAAAUGCACAGUUUAUCAUUCGGAUAAAGCAUGGAGUCACCACCACAGAUAACACAGGAAAGACGAUGCUCUUCUCUGAUAUUGUGGGCUUCACGGCUGUUUGCUCAAUCUGUACGCCCAUGCAAGUGAUCACCAUGCUCAAUGAGCUAUACACCAGGUUUGACCACCAAUGUGGAGAGCUUGAUGUGUAUAAGGUGGAGACCAUUGGUGAUGCAUACUGUGUAGCUGGUGGCUUGCACAGGGAGAGUGACACUCAUGCUGUUCAAAUUGCACUCAUGGCUUUAAAGAUGAUGGAGCUUUCAAAUGGAGUUAUGACGCCAACGGGAGAACCAAUACAGAUGCGUAUCGGCCUCCACACUGGUUCAGUACUUGCUGGUGUAGUUGGGGUUAAGAUGCCUCGCUACUGCCUUUUUGGGAACAAUGUCACAUUGGCCAACAAGUUUGAAUCAUGCAGCCAACCUAGAAAAAUCAACAUCAGCCCCACAACCCACAGAUUGCUGAAGGGUCGCCCAGAGUUCGUGUUUGUUCCCAGGAGCAGACAGGAGCUUCCGGCCAACUUUCCAGACGACAUCCCUGGAGUUUGUUACUUUUUGGAGGCGUCUGUCAAAACUUCAAAACUGAAUAUGAAAUGAAGUCAUGUGACAGAUCCCAAAAACGUUAGCUAUGGAGUAAUAUAAACCUAUCUAGUGAACACAGUGCAACAACCUUGUAUAUCUUGGUUUUGGUUGAGUUGAUGUCGAUGAUAGUGUCUUCGAGUCAAACUCUUGCAGUUGCUUAAUUACAGAGAUGUCAGUUUACUGUCAAACAUGAGUCUUGUCUCUGUACAAUUAUCCAUUUGUACAGUUGUUGUAGAAACUUACUUCAUCUUUCUUCCAGAAUGAGUCAUCUGCGCAAACUGAUAUGAUAUAAAAGUAGCUUUCAUUUCUAGCUCCUGCCAGAGAUAUAGAAGUGCUGUCAAGAGAGGACUUUGGGACUGUUGUUCUAAGACUGUUGUCUGUAAAAAAUAGUAUAAAAUGUAUAGUAAAUGCACCAAAAAGCAUACAAAUUUUUAAAAAGAGUCAUUAAAGUUUUUAAUCUUGUAAAAUGUGGCUAUGUUACAAAAAUACAUUUUUGAUAUGAUGACCUGUAAAUGUCUGACUGCCCAGACUAGGUACCUGGUAAAGCAAUGUGUCCCAGAAUUACAUACAAAUAAUAAAAAUAAAUAAAUAAAUAAAAAUAUAUUCUUUAAUAACAUAUAACACAAACAAUUAAACUAUGUUAAGAGUUUAGGAUUAAACCUUUGAACCAAUGAAGCAAUGCCGAGCAGAUCAAGGUGCCUUAUGCAAGCUCUACAGGCAGGAUCAUAUGUUGGUUUACAAACAAAUGCUUUUAUUUAUUUAUUUUAUUUUUUAAUAAAAC